UAAUUACACUUUUAUUAAUUACAUCACAAACCGCAGCAAUUAGACAAAAAGCAUUUGGGCUAGCCUAUCCUCAAGUGCAUCAUGUCUUUUUACAACUUGGUUACUCCCAGUCCCCAGCCUGGCCCCCUACGUGAUAACGUAUGGGUGUGAACAAGAAUAAUUUUCGAAGAAUAUUGCAUAAUGCUGACAACGUCACUGCCCUAACUUUUGACGACAGAUUCAUCUCUGUCUAUUGCUGUUUUGAAGUUCGUCCUCAGUGCAGGUCAACAGAGUCAAAACUGCUUCAAGAGCCAUGGCCGCUUUUCUUCACCGCUGCCCCUUCCUGAAGUCGGCCCCCAAGCCUGUUUUGCUGAAAACUGGGGCCGCCCUCCUCUCUAUGGCCGACCGAUGCCCCAUGAUCGCCCGCCAGAUCACUGUUUGUGCCUCAAUCCCCAAGGAGAGGAAGACAACCAUCCAUUCUACCCAGUCAGCAGGCAUCCUACCCCUGAGUGUGGACUCAAAGCAUCAUUUUGCCCAAUCAGCAACCCAGGUGGCUGUCUCCAUGUCCAAGGGAUGUCCCUUUGUCUCCAAUCAGAUUGGCAUGGUAAGAGCGAGCCCUGAGGUUCAGGAGGACGUCCCGACGGAUUCUAACCCAGGUAUGAAAAGUUCUCUUUUGAAGGAACUCGAGGACUCCAUCAUGGUGAAGUUCCAAACCCCCAGAGUGUCCCACCUCCUGAAGGACAAUAUAGUGGGCCCCAGUUUCGACUACGAUGGCUUCUUCGACAGGAAGAUCUCUGAGAAGAAGAACGACCACACCUACCGCAUCUUUAAGACAGUGAAUCGGCGCGCUGACGUCUUUCCCUUUGCCGAAGACUACUCCAUGGCCGGGCGGGAAGGCUCCCAGGUGUCUGUCUGGUGCAGUAACGACUACCUGGGCAUGGGAAGCCACCCCCGGGUCCUCAACGGAAUUCAGGAUGCCCUGAGUAGGCAUGGCGCAGGUGCAGGAGGUACCAGGAACAUCUCUGGCACCAGUAACUUCCAUGUGCUGCUGGAGAAAGAACUGUCCCAGCUCCACCAGAAAGACGGAGCUUUGGUAUUCUCAUCCUGCUUCGUGGCCAACGACUCCACCCUCUUCACCCUGGCCAAAAUGCUGCCAGGCUGUGAGAUCUACUCUGACAUGGGGAACCACGCUUCAAUGAUCCAGGGCAUAAGGAACAGCGGCGCCAAGCGCUUCAUCUUCCGCCAUAAUGACAGCCAACACCUGGAGGAACUGCUGAGUGGCUCCGACCCCAAGACACCCAAAAUUGUGGCAUUUGAGACCGUGCACUCCAUGGAUGGUGCUAUAUGUCCCCUGGAGGAGCUAUGUGAUGUGGCCCAUCGCUAUGGGGCCUUGACGUUUGUUGAUGAGGUCCAUGCUGUGGGCCUGUAUGGAGCCCAUGGGGCCGGUGUGGGAGAGAGAGACAACAUCAUGCACAAGAUUGACAUUGUCUCUGGAACCUUGGGUAAAGCCUUUGGCUGCGUGGGGGGCUACAUUGCCAGUAGUGCUUCCCUGGUGGACACGGUGCGCUCCUUCGCUGCAGGUUUCAUCUUCACUACUUCGCUGCCCCCCAUGGUGCUGGCUGGGGCCCUGGAGUCUGUGAGAGUCCUGAUGAGCUCCGAGGGCCAGGCGCUGCGCAGGGCCCACCAGAGGAAUGUCAAACACAUGAGACAGCUGCUCCUGGAGAAAGGACUGCCUGUGGUCAACUGCCCCAGCCACAUCAUCCCAAUAAAGGUUGGUAACGCGGAGCUCAACUCCAAGGUGUGUGACAUCUUGCUGGAGCGACACAACAUCUACGUCCAGGCCAUCAAUUACCCGACCGUAGCCCGAGGUGAGGAGCUGCUGCGUCUGGCUCCCUCCCCUCACCACAACCCUGCAAUGAUGGAGUACUUUGUGGAGAGGCUCGUGGAGGUGUGGCAAGAAACGGGGCUCCUUCUGAACGGGCCGGCGACUGUCUCCUGCACCUUCUGUGACCGCCCACUGCACUUUGACCUGAUGAGCGAGUGGGAGAAAUCCUACUUUGGCAACAUGGAGCCUCAAUACAUCACUGUGUCCGCAUAGUACAAAACUCCAUUCAUUAUACAUCAUUAUCAUCACAUAAUUGCUCUUAUUUCAUACCAGGUUUCAUUCAAACAACGUACGUACAUAUUAUGUAGACUACACAUUUUAAUCUUAUCUCAUUCGCUAUUUAUUUUCUGUGUUAAUUGUUUCUAAAGUAACUUGCUAUCCCCAAAAUAUUUAAGAUUACAUGCAUAAUUCCGUGAACUAAAAUGUGUGCCCCUUUCACAUAGUGACUUAAAACGUAAAACCUGCACAUGGGCACUUUCUAAAAUAACUAUUUAAUCUCAAGGUGAUAUUUUGGAUAGAUUUCUGUAUCAAUUGUCUUGUACUUUGGUCACCCGUAAUAGUGAAAGACCACAAUCAUGAGUUGUCUCACUGAUAUGUCAUUGAAGCUGAAAAUAUGAAAUAGAAUUACUAUUCAACUUGAAUGUAACAAAUUGAAUGUAAAAAUAGCAAUACUGCUGUAGAAGUGAUUUGGUAUAUUACACAGGAAUUCAAAAAUAAAUAAAAAUGAAUUGAAAUAAAACAAAAA